AUGGAAAGAGAUUUUUAUAUAACCGAAUUUGUGAAUGAUAAUUGUACAGAAAUGAAGUGCGUUCUCAAACAUUUGUAUUCGGAUUUCAUCGUUAAUGAAAUAUCCUCGGAUGGAACCAUCGUUAUUGAUUCAUCAUUGAUAAGUACUUCUCCAUCUGAUUUAAUGGAUAAUAAUGUCGUAAAUAAUAGAAAUUCAUUGUCAUCACCACAGCCACAACAACCACAGUUUAUUUCAACAGAAUGUUUUACUGAAAUCAAAGGGCUACUAAAUGAUAAGUCAAAAAAAGCUGAAAUCGAUGUUAAAGUUAAAAACAGAAAGGGAAAUUUUUUGCAGAAUCUAACAAAAGAAGAACGAACAAAUAUUCAUGAUUGGAUUCGAAAAAGUUUUAAUGAUAAACUGAGCUCGAGAACAGAUUUGGGAAAAAUUACAGUUUCGCAUAAAAAAGAUAAUCGGAAACGUAAAUAUUGGCCAUUAGAUCGACCUGAUUAUCUUCAUUUUACUUUAUCGAAAGAAAACAAAGAUUCCCAUUAUGCGUUGUCGUUGCUCGCUAAAUUUUUGCGAGUUAAAAUUGCUAAUUUUGGAAUAUGUGGAACUAAAGAUCGUCGAGCAAUAACUCAUCAGAAAGUUUCCAUUUAUCGAGUGGAAGCCAAUCGCCUGCAUGACCUUAACAUGCGCCUUCGUGGUAUUAAACUGACAAAUUUCUUUUAUCACACAAGGCCAUGCCGAAUUGGUGAGCUAUAUGGCAAUCGUUUUAGCAUCAUUUUGAGGAAUAUUUCUGAGAUAAGCGAGGAAGAAAUAAAGCAAAGAAUAAAAGCCUUCAUAGAAAAUGGUUUCAUAAAUUAUUAUGGUAAUCAGCGUUUUGGAAAUUUUCAAAAUACUGCUGACGUGGGUUUGGCUAUUCUUCAUAGGAAAUGGGAAGAGGCAGUAAGGAUGAUUUUAAAGGAACGUUCGGCCUCUGGUUGCCUGAGUGAAUCAUUGAAAAUAUGGAACGAGACAAACAAUGCUUCAUUAGCCUUGAAAAAAUUACAGGGUAGCAUGUCAUUUGCAUCGAUAGAAGGGCAGUUACUUAAUCAUAUGAGUCAGCCAAAUUGGAGCUAUAAGGAAGCACUUAUGAAAUUACCUCGAAGUACUCGAAGUAUGUAUAUACAUGCCUAUCAAAGUUUAUUAUGGAAUAAGAUUUUUGCCCACGAGAAAAACUAUAUAGUUAAGUACUGUUCGGUUGUUCAGAUUGCUUCAAAACGAGUGCGUCAGCUGGGAAGGCAGUUAAUUAAAGGUGACAUUGAUAUAAAUGGUAAUGAAGCCAAUGAUAUUUUUUCUGUGGCGCUUCCUAUUAUCUCAUCUUCUGCAGUUCUUCCAAAAAAUGUAGUUGCUGAAUGGUAUAAUGAUUUAUUAAACGAUGGCGCCUUUUCAUUGGAAGAUUUCAGUUAUCUUGAAAGAAAUUUUGCGAUUGGUGAUGCAUCGCGUAGACUAUUCGCUAAACCCAAAGAUGUUGAGUAUCAGUUAAUCUUAUACUCAGAUCGUAAUGCAAAAUUACAACCGGAUCUUGGUGGACUCAUAGACUCAGAAAAAAUCGGUUCUGGUCCAUUUAAAGCACUUAAAAUAAUAUUUUCUCUGCCUGCUGGAUCUUAUGCUACCAUAGCACUCAGGGAAUUAACGAGGUGUAAUAUGGAUAAAUUGUCGCAAAAUUUGUCUUCAACAAUUGAUAAAUAA